GUGUAUUAUUCUGCUUAGACAAUUCCACCACUAACCCACGUCCCCACCUCUCUCUCUCUCUAACCAUACCAUACCAUACCAUACCACGCCACCAAGAUGAAGACUGGAAGAAGAAGAUCUCACUUUCUCUCUCUAGCUUUCUUUUCAGACUUGAGAGUUGAGUGUUAAAUCGACUUCUCAGAGAAACCCUUUACCUUUAAAAGAAUAGAAAAAAAAACAAAAACAAAAACCUAAAAAGGAGGUACUUGGUUUCAUUGUUCAUUCGUUUGGUCACGUCAGUUUCAGGUUUAAUUUGUUCUUAUUACGAAGGAAGCGCUGUGUGCGCCUCCCUGGCUAUCUAAUCCGAUCUUCCUCAACUGGAAUGUUCUAAACCGAACUGAACCAAUCCCACUAUCAGCUUUUGGAAACCCUAGCCUUCUUCGUUUCCUCUAUACACUCUAGUGGGCGAUUCUGCUGUCAAAUACUGCUUCUCGCGCCUUGAAUUUCGGUUUCUUUCUAUUGCAAUUCCAACUUUGCUUCAUGCAUCUUUGGAAAGGAGCAGUUCCGGUUAAUUUCUUCUGGCUUCCACAGGAACUAUUGGACUCGCACAGUUCUCAGAGGAGAAUGUGCAUGAGUAGAUCUAGACGAAUUAUAAUCUCUUGAUAGAUUUCUGCUGGUGUAUAUGAGUGAGCAUGGGUUCUGCCUGUUGUGUUGCUGCAAGGGACAAGACACUUCCUGAAAGAACCGACAGUGAAGUUUUACAAAGUAAUGCUAGAUAUUCGCCAUCAUGGAGCUCUCACUGGGAGAAUCAAGGCCAUGUAAUAGGUGAAAUGGACAAUCAAAUAAAUCAGUUUUCUCACGGAAGCAGUGGAAAUGUUGGCGUGGAGAGAAAGGACCAGAGGGAUAUGGAAAUGGGAGAUGUUUCAGAUGGAGGGAGUCCACGGGAGGAUUUUCAAACACCCACUUGGGAGAAAUUCCCUGUUAACGAAGGAACUGCCGUGAAUCUGAGGAAUCCAGCUUCUGAUUCAGCCAUGGGAAACGCUGUGUCUACUAUGGUGAAAGAUUUAGGAGAAUCAUCUGUAGUUGUCAAUCCUUCAGUGUCAAAGGCUUUGACUUCCUCUUCAUCAAUAUCCAAACCAGACCCUUUAUCAUCUCCGAGCCAAACUCCACCUAUCUACUCAGGGCCAUCAACGCAGGCCAACUGUUCACCAGGACACCAGCUUGUGAGGCAGAUCUCCGUAAGCCGAAUACCUGGAUUGAAAUCACCUAACAGCUCAGUGUCUGAAGGAAGACAAUCAUUUGCGUUUUCUAUGUGCAGCAAUGACACAACAAUGGGCUCCCAGGGAGGGCCUUCGGAUGGUUGGUCCAUGCGUGCCUUUUCUGAGCUUGUGGCAUCUUCUCAAAGAGAAAGGUGGUCUUUUGACAGUGAGAGCUUGGAUUCUAGCCGCGGAAAGUUAACCAGAUCCAGUAGUCGGCUGUCAGUGCCUCCAUCUGUUGAUAUGCAAACAUGUGGAGCAUGCUUGAAGCUUUUGACAGAGAGAUCUUCAUGGAGCAGCCAGAAAAUAAUUGCUACUAGUGAGCUAUCUGUGGUUGCUGUUCUUGUCUGUGGACAUGUGUUUCAUGCCGAGUGCUUGGAGCAUAUUACACCUGAAAAGGAUAGAUAUGACCCAGCAUGCCCAUUGUGCGUGGGUGGAGAGAAGCAGGUUCCUAAGAUGUCCUGGAAAGCAUCCAGAAUUGAAGCAGAUUUGAAGGCAAAGAGCAAUUGGAUAUCCAGAAACCGGGUAGUGGAUAGUGAUCUGGAGGAAGACACUUUUGCACCUGAUGACCGGAACGGGAAAGGUACUGGACGGCAAGGGAAAGUUCUCAAGUUGGGGCCUAGCUCCAGCAUGGGUUCUUUUGGGAAGAAGCCUUUCUUGAGGCGUCACUUCUCGCUUGGGUCGAAUAGGAGUAAAUCCCUUUCGGAAAAUGAUUCUUCAAGAAGGAAGGGGUUCUGGGCAAGAUACCGCAAGGAUUAAGCUCCCAAUAUGGAUUUGCAGCAUUUUCAAGAUUCAGAGACCGCUCGUUUCCUGCAAUCUCAGUUAAAGGCUGAACAGUGAACGUAUCAGUAUAGUAUCCAAUGAAUCUUUGAUUAUAUACUGUUGCAGUAAUUUUCUGCGAAAUGUCAAACAGAAGUGGGCUGUUUGUUGAACUUCAUCGCAUUGUAGAGGAAGAGGAAAAAAAAAAACAAGGUAAAGCAACAAAGUUUCAAUGAAUAACAGAAAAUGGGAAAGUUGCAUGA